GAUAAAUAUUCACCGAGACAAAGUCAAGGUCAGUAGCCUCGUGGGGAUUCUUUUAUUCAAGUAUUAUUGUUUAUAUAUACAUGAUAUUUUGUAGCACUGAGUAUUCAGUGGCAUGCUAGCCAUGGGAACUGGUCAUGCUAUGCUAAUAAACCUGUACUAUUUGAAUAAUGCAAAAACUUGCAUAGCAUUACCUCAUGUUGCUAUGCACUUUCUGCCUUGUUGUUUUGCAUGCAAUCUUUUUAGGCAAGCUUUCCGAGGCUAACACAUGUACGCUCUGCGUACCUAUUUUUAAUUAUUGUACAAAAUUUCAGACAAUUUGCUUUAGUUUAAGCCCCUUUAACUAUUGUUGUUAUUAAUAUUAUUGUUAUUUGUUGGAAAAGACACACACCCCUGGUUUACAAAAUUUAAGUUCGACAAAUUUUUCAUUAUUCUACAUUAUAAGUACCCAAAGAAGCAAAAUAUAUCAAAAACUGGAUACUAAUAGCUGUUUUGAGAAAUUGAGAGCAAUUCCAAAUCUGCUUAGUUUUUUUUUAUACUUGAUCAGAUGUUGGCAAUCCGGUGGAUUUUUAAAAAUUUUGUCCUUUUUAGUUGACAAGUGUUAUGCCGUUAACAGUACGAUUCAUUGCAGAGGUUGAAUCAAUAUUCACCAGUGUGGAACGUCUUAUUUACUAUAUUAUUAAUCUGAAACCAGAAGCUCCCUGCUCAUUUCCUGCCAAAAACCUGCAGAUGACUGGCCUGCCAAAGGAAGCUUAUCUAUAGUUGGUUUAAAGGUGAGGGAACUUUUUCAUAGCUAUGCAUCAAAUGUAGUAAGAUGGGUAUGUAGAGACUUGAAUAUACGAGUGACUAGUUUAUGGAUCUUCUUUAACUGAAUACCUUUCGAAUAGACAAUAUAGCAUGUUUUCCCCAGUUUUGUAUAUUAAUUUCUAAUUUUGAAUCGAUUUGAGAAUUGAUAUCUGAAUGCUCAAAACUAAUCGCACAACCUAGCCUCCUCCCCAGGCAUCUCUAUUGGUUUUUAGCCUGCGAAUAGGUAGAUCGGAAAAAGUUUGCUGAGGUAUUUUUUUCGAAUACUAAAACGCACAUAAGAUGCCUGCGGAGGAGGCUACGCACAAAAAAGUGUCCUCUAUACAGAUCAACAUAUAUAAUAAUGAGAGUAAGAAUAUAAGAAGUUAUCAGGAACGCAGUUCUCCAACUUAGAAAAUAUCUAGAAUCAGGCCUGUAGAAACAGUAACUUCUUAACCAUUGUGUAAAUACAAUAAUUAUGGAAUUCUCUCCUUUCUUGCUAGAUGCGAUACAGGGAAAAUCUGCCAUUAGUUUUAAAAGGCAUCACUUGUAAUAUCAAAGCUGAGGAAAAAAUAGGCAUUGUAGGUCGAACUGGUUCAGGAAAAUCUUCUAUUGGAGUAUCUCUUUUUCGACUUGUGGAACCUGCAGAUGGGACAAUAUGUAUAGAUGGAGUUAAUAUACUGGACAUUGGUGAGAAUGAUAAAAAUUUACGAAUAUUAAUUCGAGUUAAACUUGCACGAUUAUGAAUGCUGCGAGCAUUAUAUACAAGCGAACAAAAUAUAUGUUAUAAAAUAUACUUUUUUAGUUUUGAGCGAAUGCGGCUAGAGAGAUGUUAUACUGUGUUAAAUAAAUAAAAACAUUUUAACACAGUAGCAUCUAAUAGAGUAAACUUUCCUGGGGGUGUAUACGAUUUAUGUUCCUAGUGAUUUAUUGUACUUAGUCAGUGCUUUGAAAGUUAUUUAGGCAAUUUCAGUUGUCUUAUUUAAAUAUUCUUUUAUCCUUUUGCCAAGUUCACAAAAAUUUCGAGGAAUCGUUUUCGUUAUUGUAAUUUUUUGUAAAUUUUAUAAUAUUCGCUUCUCAUGUUGUGUAAAGGAUCUUACCCCCGGAACACCCUAUUUUUUCUUUAGCAGCGCAAAUGCGCAUGCGCUAUCAAGCCGUAGAUCACGAUGGCGUGACGAUAUGCUAGGAAGGAGCGACAGUGUUGUUUUUAAAUUAUAAACAUUUCAGACGUGAAUAUUGAGUAAAUCUUUGAGAAUCUACGCAAUAUAUAAAUUGAUGUUAUGCAUUACGGGCAUUCAAUUAAGUACCGAUAUUAUUUAGUCGGUAUAUUCAUUAUACAGAGCUAGGAAGGAACGAGACAGUGUUGUUUUCAAAUAUAUAUAAAUAUUACAGACAUGAAUAUUGAGAAAAUCUUUCAGAUUCUACGCAUUAUAAAUUGAUGUUAUGCAUUACCGGCAUUCAAUUAAGUGCCCAUCGAUAUUAUUUAGUCCGUGUAUUCAUUAUACAUUGACUGUAUAAGGUGCUACACCACAAAAUAGAUGGCUACACUCAGUGCAAAGAGUGAAAAAAUUGCAUCAGAUCAAUAAGAGUAAACAACUAUUAAACAGAAGCCGGGUGUUUGUAUGGCGUUUACGAAGAAAAUAACUUGCGAGACUAAAGAAAUCAGUUGAGUCAGAGCUCUUUAUUUAAAUAGUUAAACAAGAAAGACGAGGAGAUAGCCAACGUGUUAUCGCCAAUCGCUUGGCUCGCCAACAAGCUUUAUGCAAUAGAAUAAAAAGGCAGGAGGGUAGCCAACGUGUACCGUCACGGACCUUGUUUAAUACUGUCUAGUUUGUAUAGGCUUUAAUGCUUUAAUGAAAUACUCCUAAAACAGUAUUAUACUACACUAGGAGUUAUAUAUACUGAAAAACUAGAUAAUAUUUAUGUUUAUUUACAAGAAAGUCUUCAUAAUCACUGUAUGACACAUAUAUUAGGCGGUGUAAUGAAUGAUGUUGUUAUAUGCUAUUAACAACAACAAUUAACGGCAAAAACGACAACGACAAUAACAACAACGACAACGACAACACUAAGACUACAAAACGAACAUAUAGUACAAUACAAACGAUUCAAAACGAUACUAAUUAGCUACAUUAAGUGACUUAAUCGAAGGCAUGGCAAGUGUUUUGAAACUUGGGGUUGAUUGGCAAAGAUUGUUAAAUGGGAUGUGAUUCCAGGUAACGAUUGUUCUUGGAUAAAAUGAAAACUUAUAUACAUUGACACUGACUCUUCCACAGUCCCUCGUUACAUUUUAGUACGUGAGAAUAUAUGCCCGUUUGCGGGUUAGCGCGACUGGGGACGAGUCAGUACAUUGACACACGACUGAAUUUGGCGGUAAGGACAGCUAUUAGGGAGCCUGGAUGCUCUAGUCAAAGGACACACGUCAUCAGAAAGACUGAUUCCAACAAGGCCUUGAUGGAUCUUGUAGAACAUAGUGGCUUGGUGAAGCAGUUGCUGUUGUUGGAGAUUUGUCCCAACCCAGGUGGUCGAUCAUUGGAGAGACGUGGCUAGCUCUGGAAUAGUCAUUGAAGACAAAUCUAGCAACUCUGCGUUGAACCAUCUCGAUCUUGUUGAUGUUCCUCUUGGUGUAAGGGUUCCAGAAUGUAGAAGCAUACUCAAGUUGUGGACGGACAAGACUAGACGUAUACGCUCUUGACUUAACAGAAGCGCUACAUUCACCAAGGAUUCUUUUAAGUAAGCCAAGAGUGCUAUUUGCCUUACUACAUAUGAUGUCACAAUGUUUGUUCCUGUUCAAGUUGUGGUUUAUAGUAAUGCCCAGGUAUUUGGUAGAAGAUACUCUGCUAAUUGUUUGAUUAUUCAUCAUAUAACUAUAUGCUUUAGGGACACGUUUAUUUGUAAUUCCUAGGUGGUAGCAUUUUGAGAAAUUGAAAUUUGGUUGCCACUUGUUAGCCCAAUUAUUUAGAUUGUCUAAAUCCUCUUGUAACGUGACGUGGUCCUGAUCGUUAUUAAUUUCUCUAUAAAUGAUUCCAUCGUCAGCGAACAAGCGAAUUUGGGAUUUAAAAUUCUCAGAAAUAUCGUUUAUAUAGAGAAGAAAUAAAACAGGUGCGAGAAUUGUUCCUUGAGGUACUCCAGAUAUGACAGGUUGAGGGUGAGAGUGGGAGCCAUUAACCGAGACAACUUGAGAGCGGUUGGAAAAAAAAGCCUUGAUCCAAUUGGCGGAAAGUCCUCUAAUACCAUAAUGGUCUAAUUUGGACAUCAGACGAAGAUGAGGAACAGAAUCAAAGGCUUUACUGAAGUCUAAGAGAAUCACAUCGGUUUGUUUCUUCUGGUUGAUACUUUUUGCCCAAUCGUUGAUUGCCGUAAUUAGUUGAGUCUCACACGAAAAUAGUUUGCGAAAUCCGUGUUUUUCAUUAAUUAGAAUAUCAUGAUAUGCUAAGUGCUUUGAAACAUGGCUAAGAAUGAUAUGUUCCAUGACUUUGCAACACAGACACGUCAGAGAGAUUGGACGGUAGUUGGCUGGGUUGGAUUUUAAUCCCUUUUUAAAAACAGCAGAAACAAGGGCCUUUGGCCAGUCAAGUGGAAGUGUAUACCAGAAUCAUAGGAUUGUUGGAAAAUGAAACAAAGCCAGUGCGAAAUUGAUGGAGAAAGUUCUUUAAGGAUUCUAGCUGGGAUUUCAUCAGGACCACAGGCCUUACUGGGGUUAAGUUCAGAGGGUUGCUUGGCUACACCUUGGGAGUUGAUUAUUAAAUCUGAGAUGGAGGUGUAUGGAGAUUGACCUUUAUUUGGAAUUGGAGCAUUCUCACGGGUGAAUACUGAAUGGAACUGGGAGUUAAGGGCGCCAGCUUUUGAUUUAUCAGAUAUAUAUAUAAUUUGUCGUUGAAUUUUAAUGGAGGUAUGCCAGAGCUCUCAGAUUUAAUUGUACGUAUACAUACAACGAGCGACUAAGUUCCGUUCUUUCUUGAACUCAUCCCAGUGUUUAGGUUUGUGGGAUUUGAGAGCCUUUUUAUGUAGGCGAUCUUUCAGCCGCAUGUGCCGUUUGAUAGCAGAGGUUAUCCAUGGAAGUUCAUACUUAGGCGUAGAUUUCUUGUGAGGAACAUAAUCUUGAAUACCUUUUGUCAAGGUAAAUUUAAAUUUUAACCAGUUUUCAGAUACAGAGUUAUGUUGAGGACUAGAUAGGAAAAAGUUUUCCGAUGCAUGUGACAUAAAUUCAUUUAGCUUUGUGAAAUCAGCUUUUUUAUAGAUGAAAACUUUGUGUGGAGGUUUGAACGAUCUAGUAGCCGCGACAUCGAUGUUAAAAAGGACGGCCAAAUGGUCGCUCAUUCCUGACGUGGUCGAAACAUUAGAUACAUUAUUAUGGAAUGAAGACAAUAACAAGUCCAAGGUUUUGUUAGAAGCUGGACGAACAGGUAACGUGACGUGCUGUGUAAGGGAGAAGUCGUCAAGUGUCCGGAGAAGUUUCUUAUGAUGUAAGGAAUUGAUUUCACUUGAAAGUUCUGGUGACUCAGAUUUCCAGUUGAUGUCUCCAAGGUUAAAAUCACCACUACCUAGAAUAAUAUUUGGAUGAUGAUUAGUCGAAUCAAACACACAGUUUAUAGAUUUCUGGAGCUCAUCAAGGGCUUCGGAAGAGGAGUUGGGAGGUCUGUAGUAGGAUGCUAGGUAUAAUUUCUUGGAAUUCUGGAACUUUAUUGAGGACCAAAGAAUUUCACAGUUCGCAUCGAAUUUUGGACAUUCUUCGCAUACAAUAUCGGAUUUAACAGCGUGAAAAACACCACCACCAUUUGCAUUUCUGUCUUUUCUAUAGACAGUGUAGUUGGAUGGAAACACAGAGUAAGUGGGUUAUUGUGGGUAUAUCAUUGUGUAGCUUGGAUUCAGUUCCUAGAACAACAUCAGGGUUGUGUAUAUCAAGUAGAGCUUGAAAUUCUGUGAAACGGGAUGUACCUUUCAAACCGUUACAAUGGAUGAUCAUUCCUUUUAGAUGACAUUUAGCUUUAACUCGUUUAGACUUAGGUAUUGGAUUGGGAGUUGGAGCGAAUACAGUAUUAGAAUCUCGAGAGGGAGUAGCCGGCGGUGAUGAUUGAUUAUCAAGGGCGCUGAACAAGUUUGAGAGUAAUGAUGGCGUUUUGAGAUGAUUGUUAAAUAGAGAUGUAGAGAAAUUAUGGGCGUCACAUUGACUACAAAUCCAUAUGCAGGAGUCGGACAGGGUAUUUGGGGGCUUUACAUUGCAACAGUUAAUGUGGUACCAAGCUGAACACUUUUCGCAUUGGAUGGAUUGAACGUUGGACUUAAUAGAUUUUCUGCAUAUCUCACAAGAGUACUUCGUUAUAGGGCCAAGAUUAAUUUGGAUAUCACCACAUGAAAGGAGUAUAGACAGUAGGAGUUUAAGUUGGUUAUUAUGACUUUUAGUCAGGAUGGUGGACACGCGAAAUCUAGAUGUGGAGAAAGUAGCGAGACAUGCUUCAAAGCCAACAGGUAUUGCUUCACUGCGGGCGAAGGGGACGUUCAGUCCAAAACCAGGAGAUUGUAGAACAGACCAGGAUUGACAUUUAGAUUUUGUUGUAAAACGGAUGCAAACAUUAAUAUAAUAAGUGGAGCAAGAAAAGCUGUUUUCGCCAUGAAACCAGGAGGUGAUGAGCCAGAUGAGGUAAUUUUAUUUGGAGAUGAGUUAUUGUAAUGACUUGAUGUGUUGAGAGAUAAAACUUGAUCGGGGUCAAAAUGUCGCACUUUAACUUUCGAGAAGCAGUGAACACAAAAAACAAAGUAUAAUAAUUCGCGAAAAAUCCCACGGAAUAAGACAAAAUAUAUGACAAAAUGACAGGAAAAGUCUCCGACACGCAGAUCCAGCGACGAAAAUCAAAUUAAAGCAGCUAAUAUCGUGAUACAAACAAAUGUUCUUGUUGCCAGGGAAACUCGAUAUAGACGCCGCGAAAAAUUUAAAAUCCAACACCAACGGACAAAAUAAUAAAAUCUUGACUGAUUUUUUAGAAUAAUAUUAUACCACAAAAUACCACGACUUGAGAGUGAUUGAGCAAACGGUACAUAUGGAUAUUUUACAAGAUCAAGACGGAACAUUUUACAGACGUUACAGCUUUAUGUUGAUGAUAUAAUUCGAAGCUAUUAUCAAGAUUUCAUUCUACUACAAGUUUAGUUCAAUAUAUUACAAGAUCGAUGCUGAGGCUAUAGCACAACGGUGCAAACUCGUAUUCAGUGCAACGAUAACUCUACCAGAGUUACGAGAAUCAAUCAGUACACAGAGCUGUAUCAAAGCUUGUCAAAACUACUAUAAACACUGCUAUAACAGUGAAACUAUUGAAAUCUAAAGUGACAUUGAAUACAUGCGAAAAGCUGAAAAUGACACAACGUGACACGUGGCAAUAAGUCAAAAGUCAGCGAGACUUGUUAUUGUGAAACAUGACACAAUUAGGUUAAAAUGCGGAAGCGGAUGGAGCGGAUCCACGGAACGGAUAUGGGGAUAAAAUACAGAAUGGAUGGGGAUAAAAUGCGUCCUUUUGAUGAUGUAACGUCGUAGUGCUUAUUAUUCAUAACAUAUCUUAAAUUAAACAGCUAUUUCAAUAAAGUUGUCACUGAGACAAUAGUCAAAUGUGCAAUAUGGGCGCUAAAAGGAUGAUGGGAAUAAUCAUAGUUUUAAAUAAAUUAGCAUAUCAGUAGCCUCGUGGGGAUGCUUUUAGCGACAGCUGCAAAUGCAAAUGAAGUUUUAGAAUAUGCAAAAUUUGGUUGUGGGUGAAACAAUUUAAAUUUCGAGUUGUCGCGUGUAGCAUCACAAUAAAUAAAUAAAUUGUAUCAGUUCCACGAGGCACGACGUUUCUGAUGUGUUGUUUCAAACGCCGCGCUACUCAUGUGCCGAACGCAUUAAAAACAAUAGAUAAUGAGAUAAAAUGCCUUUGGUAACUGUUUAUUUCGUAGUGUAAGCCAUCAGCUUUUCUAGGUUGUCGGCGACUGUAUAUAGUUCUUGCAGUGUCUUUUUCAAUUUGAAACUUCACACUAUCCUUGGAUCCCUAGUUCAUCUUUGUUUUUCCUUUUUACUCCCCUUCCAUUAUUCUUUCCCUUUACACUUGAAUCUAAUUGGCAAAAUAUCAUUUUCAUAUUUUCCAGGACUCAGUGAUCUUCGAUCGAAAUUAUCAAUUAUACCGCAGGAUCCUAUUUUGUUUAUUGGGACAGUAAGGUAAGGAAAUAUUCGGAUUCAUGAAAACAACUCACAUUAUUCGAUGAAUUUGAAAUUAUAUUUGUCGUAUUAUGUUAAUGUAAAUAAAUUAAUGCAUAUUGAAUGAAUGGUUUCCUCGUUUUGCGAUAUUCAUAUUUUCACUUGAAAAUUAUUCCACGAAUUUGUACGUAGUUACAUGAAUAUUUUGUUAUAAUAGACAUAAUCUGGAUCCAUUUCACACACAUACCGAUGAAGAUCUGUGGGUUGCUUUAGAAAGAGCACAUCUCAAAGACACUAUCAGUAAUUUGCCGUUGAAAUUACAAGCACCUGUUGCUGAAAAUGGAGAAAAUUUUUCUGUUGGUGAAAGACAACUGAUGUGCAUGGCCAGAGCUUUGUUGAGAAACUGUAAGGUGGGUUGAUGCAUGGUCUAUGUAGAGAGCGCAACAUCCAGAAUAUUUGGAGCGAAACUCAGUACCAAUCUCAUUGAACAAUAUAAUAAAUACGUUUCCAGUUAUGAUUGCAAGGGUCACGUUACAAAAGCAAAGAUAUCUAACAGACAUUAUAUGGCAUGGAUUUGUCAGACGUUUUAGUAAUUGAAGAAAUAAAUAUAGUAAGAACGGUUCUUUACCUUUCAGAUCCUCAUGCUUGAUGAAGCCACAGCUGCAAUAGACUCAGAAACGGGUAUGAUUAAUAUCGUGCAUUCAUAUAUAUUUUAAAUUUUGACCAGACGUUGUGUUAUAAAUGUAUGGUAUCUAUUACAUGUAAUCCAAACAAGUAGUAACUUCAAAAUUGAAUGAAAUAUUAAAAAUUGCAGCAAUGAAAUAUUAAUGAAUGAAAUGAUUAUUGAAUGAAAUAUUAACAACAAUACAGGCUACAAUUCAUAUUCAAAAAUGCCAAAACGAACAUACACUGCACAGCAAUCAGGGAAAUUUUGGGCCCCAGGACAAACUUUGACUUGGGGGCUCUCGUGAUUCCAUGUUCUAACACUAUGAUUAGGGGGUCGGGGGGCAUCCCCCGGAAAAAUUUUGAAAUCUGAGGUCCCAGUAAUGGCCAAAUCCUGCAUUCUAGAAGCCUAGUUGACAGUUAUAUCUAUGCGGUAUAUUUCACUGCAAUUCUUUAUUUGGGCCUCCCUUUAACUCGGGUCCCAGGGCAAAUUGCACCCCUCUGGGCGGCCUUGACAGCACCUGCAGUUACGACUAUCUAUGACAGCUUAGUUUCAUAAUAACAUGACUGAAGAAAAUAAAUAUUUUCCUCUUGGCAAAUGAAAGGCGGCUUACGGGCUUUGGCGUGACAAAUCUCUAGAGGAGUUCCAGGGAAAUGCACCCACAGACAAUUUUGUAAUCUAGGCACUAUAAAAGGGCAUCUCCUGCAAUGCGCGGGGACAUUCUAUAGAAUUCUGAAAAUUAUACAGUAAUUACAAAAUCUUAAGUAUCAUUCACUCCAUCUUCCAAACCCAUAAAGAGAUCUUUGGUGAGAGACUUUGUUCAUCUGAUGAACCAUAAGUAUGUUAUUAGUGCGGACAUUCGAUAAUUUGGCAGUCAUCCGUCAUUUCAAUUAAAUCAUUCUCAUUCGCAAAAUGUUUCGCCGGAUUAGUUCAGUUUUUCCGCUCAUUGACAUUGUCUCAUUUUCUUGUGUUAAUUAACAACUUAUCAAAGCAAAUUUUAUCACUGCACAUUUUACAUUUUAUCACUGCACAUUUUACUUUUAUCACUGCACACUAAAAUUAGGUAUGAAACAUAAGCUCCUGGAGGAGGUAAAAAUGGUUAUUAUUUUGCUUCAAAGCUGAAAGCAGCAGACUAAUUUGCAACUUAUACAUCAGACAUAUUUUUCUCAAUAUAGAUGCAAAAAUUCAGGAUACGAUACGUGAAGCAUUUAAAGAUUGCACGAUAUUAACGAUAGCUCAUCGUCUCAAUACAGUCAUGGAUUCUGAUAGAAUUAUGGUCAUGGAACAAGGACAAGUAAGGAUGCACAAAAAACUGUGAACCUAUAGGGAAUCGCCUAUAAUCUGAAGCCUGGCUCAAUAAACGCUAAGUCGAUACACGGUAGCGUUUCUACCCAAUUCACAACAUCGGAUAUAACUGUCUAGUGACUAUCGUUGCAGUUUGCGAAAACAUGAAUUUUAUUUGGAAUAGACUUAUCUAUACUUGAUGUUAAUAAUUCGGGUUGUCAUUGUUCUAUUGUAUGUUUCAGUAAACUGUAGCAAUAGUAACCAGACUGCGAGUUAUCUUGAGCACAUGAACAAGCGAUUUUCCAUUCCCUUAAGCAAUGAGAUUACAUAAUUAUACAUUACCAAUUUUCCUAACCACUAUAGUGUACCUUCGGCUGCGUUCUUUUCAUUUAACAUUUUUUUCAUGCCCAUUCAAAUUUUAUAUUUUUUUACCUAAUUCUGGGUUUUCCUUUAUCCUCCUUAUCCAUUUAUUUUUCCUUCCAAUAGAAGGUAUGGUCGCAAAUGUAACUCACCUUCAUGUUUUGACAAUGUCCUCUAUUCUUACUUGUCAUUUUUUUAUUCCUUUUCGAUUGCAGGAUCUUUUAAUAAUUUAUUCUAAGUAUUUAAUGUUAACCUUUCCUUGCUUCUAAUCUACGAAAUUUGAUUUACCUGAGAAAUGAAUCCGCACUGCAUAUGUUUAGGAAUUACGAGAUCCCAAAAGACUGAAGAAAUACAGGGUGUUCCAACAAAAUGCAAUAGCUGUGUUCCAAUAAUAUGGACCAUUGAAUUCAUGCAUUAGCAACCUCAUUCCCAGGGUACCCUGGGAACGAGGUUGAUGCAUUAAUUGUGUCAAUAGCCAAAUAGGUUUCAUGAUCGCUUACAUUAAACAUUUUACUGGAACAACUAAUGAGCUCAGUGGUAGAAAUUGUAUCAAUUAUCUGGAACACAGAAGUCAGAUCAACAUUCAGAUUAAGCCAGAGUACCGCUAUGUAGUUAUAACAUUAAAUAUUCUUAUUAAAUAAUAGUUCAUUCUCAGUACUCAGUAGAGUUAUUGACCGAUACUUCCAUAUUUUAAAAAUAUUAAAUGAUAGUUUAUGCCAUCAGGCUGUUUUACCAACCAAUGGUAAUAUGGUAACAAUCUUAUGUUUCAGAUUGUCGAGUUCAAUAAACCAUCUGUUCUCCUGGCAAACCAAGAUUCGCUCUUUAGUUCGCUUGUUGCUGCGACUGAAAAGAGUCACCAAAACAAAAACAGUUCAAAAUGAUUCCAUUAUAAUGUUCAUUAAAUGUAAAUCUGUGAUCAUGAUAUUGAAAUUCAUGGUCAGGAUAAUGAAAUAAACUUCAUUCAUGGUCAUGAUAUUGAAAGAGUCCCUAAAUUUAAAGUGGGGGUAAUGCUUGAUGAACAUAUAACAUGGAAGGAACAUCCUGAAGUAGUUUGUAACAAAGUUGCCACGAAUACCGAAUACGCUCUUGUUAAACACUUGAGGCGCGUCGUUAGGUUAGCUGCACCACGUGACAAAUUAUGUUAUUUAACCAAUUUUAUUAUGGUCACCGCGGGUCACGUGGUCCGGUCCCUGCAUCAGAUUUCAACCGCUUACUUAGAAUAUACAAAACCUAUAUACAAAUUAUAAAGCGGUUUCUUUCAUUUAAUCCUUUAUUUUUCUGCUGGGAUAGUAAUUAUAGUUGAAAGCCAUGCCUCGCGAAAACUGUGUAUUUUAUGGUGGUUCUAUAGCAGCAGAAAGCAAUGCUCUCAAAAUCGAAAGACAAAUUAAGGCAAGAAAGGAAAGGCUAAAUUUAAUACUGAGGACAGGAGAAUCGACUAAGUCGAC